UCCUUUUGCAAUUGGGGACAUACGUGCUUAACCGUGCUUCUUCCGAAUUUUUAACUCUGCUCAAGGCGUUACGCUCGAACAGUCCAACUACCCCCGCCGGCUUCUUCUCUCUCUGCUAUGCAAAUUGCAGAAGUUGAGCUGCAUUGAGAUGUUGAGGUCGUGGGAUCAUGGGGUCGAAGAGGCUCUUCAGAAACUUGAACACCUUCAACUCCUUCGUUCUCUCAGACCCAUUUACCUCCAAAAUGGACCAACCCAAGAAGCCCAAAACCCCGUCGACGAUGAAUUCCAUGUGUUCGAUGAAAUGCAGCCGUGGGACCGAUCCUCUGUGGAGGUCCACAUUCCUGAACCCACGUUCCAGAAAUGGCUCCACGACAUUCCCAGUUCUGGAGAUGAGGAAGGUACCCAUAAGUUCAGAAAGCUGCUACUAUUCUCUGGGAAUGACUAUUUGGGCCUGAGCUCACAUCCUACCAUUGGAAAAGCUGCUUCCAAGGCAGCCCUAGAACAUGGGAUGGGCCCCAGGGGCUCUGCUUUAAUCUGCGGAUAUACCGAUUACCAUAGGCGACUCGAGUCAUGCAUUGCAGACUUAAAGAAGAAAGAGGAUUGCCUUCUUUGUCCCACAGGAUUUGCAGCCAAUAUGGCGUUGAUGGUAGCUUUGGGAAAUGUUGGCUCUCUCUUGGCUGCUGGAAAAACUCCUUUAACUAAUGAAAAAAUUGCCAUAUUUUCUGAUGCACUGAACCAUGCGUCAAUAAUCGAUGGUAUUCGUCUUGCUGAACGACAAAAAUCUGUAGAGAUAUUCAUCUAUAGACAUUGCGACAUGACUCACCUUAAUGCAUUGUUAUCAAGUUGCACAAUGAGGAAGAAAGUCGUCGUGACUGAUAGCUUGUUUAGCAUGGACGGAGACUUUGCACCAAUGAUUGAGCUUGUGAAGCUACGCAAAGAGCAUGGCUUUCUGUUAGUUAUUGAUGAUGCUCAUGGAACAUUUGUUUGUGGCAAAAAUGGUGGCGGAGUGGCAGAGCAAUACAAUUGUGAAAGAGAUGUUGACAUAUGUGUUGGGACUUUGAGUAAGGCUGCAGGUUGCCAUGGCGGGUUCAUAGCAUGCAGCAAAAGGUGGAAGCAACUCAUACAAUCAAGGGGUCGGUCUUUUAUAUUUUCAACUGCUACCCCGAUACCAAUUGCUGCUGCUGCCCGUGCUGCUCUUAUUGUGGCAAGAAAGGAAACAUGGCGUAGAAGGGAAAUUUGGAAUCGGGUGCAAGACUUUCGUGCUCUCACUGGAAUCCCCAUAAAUAGUCCCAUAAUAUCUCUUAUCGUAGGGAGCGAAGAGAAGGCUCUGCAAGCAAGCCAGAGUUUGUUGAAAUCUGGUUUCCAUGUGACUGCAAUUAGACCCCCAACAGUGCCACCCAACUCAUGCAGGCUACGCGUGACAUUGAGCGCAACGCACACAAGAGAUGAUAUUGAGAGGUUCACAGCCGCACUCUCCCUUUGUGUCAAUUUCCAAGAAAUUGGCAUUCACGGCUCAAAUGGUGGAUAUGCAAGGCUUUAGGAUUUGAUUUGUUUUAGAUUCCAAUAGUUCAUAAGUGUACUGAGAAAACACAUAUACUGAAAUAAGAAUUGAACAUCACUUCAUUUAGGAUGUAUGUGGGCCGGUUGUGGCUUUAUAAAGCUCCUUUACACCUUUUUUUUUUUUCUUUCUUUUUCUUUUAUGUUGAAGUCCUAAACUUUUGUUGUUUCAUAAGGAAAAGAACAAAGUUGGCAAUCUUUCCUGAGCC